AUGGGGCGGUUAAAUGGUACCAAGCUAGGUGCUUUCCGAGCUUAUUUCCUCGGUUUCUUUAUCUGUCUCGCUGGUUUCCUAUUUGGUUAUGACACCGGAAUCGUAGGUGGAAUCCUCGAGUUCCAGUCCUACAUGGACGAUUUUGGCUAUACCGAUGAAACAACCGUCGAUGCAGUGAUGGUCAGUCUGCAGAACGUGGGCGCGUUCCUUGCUGCAUUGUCCAUCUUCCCCAUUUCUGAGCGUUUCGGCCGCAAAAAGACUAUCCAGACCUCCAUGGCCAUCUUUUGUGUCGGCGUCAUCUUGCAAGUGGUACCGUCCCACUCAUUGGUCUGUUUCUAUAUCGGCCGCGUGGUCUCGGGUGUUGGUCUUGGUGGUGCGACCGCUGUCGUACCAACAUACAGUGCUGAGAUGGCGCCCAAGGAGAUCCGUGGUAUGCUCGGUUCGGGUGUGCAGUGGCUUUUCGCUUUGGGUGUCAUGACGAGUUACUGGAUUGAUUAUGGUGUUGAACAGACUCUGUCGGGGCAAUCCAAGGAGUGGCAGAUUCCCGUUGGCUUGCAAUUGGUGCCUUCUUCUAUUCUGGCUUUGGGCCUCUUCACCCAGCCAGAGAGUUGCCGCUGGUUGGCAAAGAAGGGACGUAUGGAGGAGGCGUGGCAGAGCUUGACCUGGAUGCGUGCUGACGAUGGCCCCGCUGUCAAAGCCGAAUUCAACGAAAUCAAAAUCGGUCUUCAAGAAGAGGCCAAAGCAACAGAAGGCCUCAAGACAAAGGAACUAAUGCAACCCGCCAACCGCUACCGACUAGCCCUCGCAGCCCUGAUGUUCUGCGGCCAACAAUGCACCGGAAUGACAGCCCUAGCCUACUAUGGCCCACAAUUCUUCAAGAUCAUUGUCGGCAACGACAGCAGCCGCUCACUCCUCGUAACAGGCCUCUUCGGCGCUGAGAAGUUCGUUACAGUCGGAACGUACAUUCUCUUCUUCUCGGAGAUGUGGGGACGCAAGCCUACCCUCUGGAUCGGUAACCUGCUCAUGGCAUGCUGCUUCAUCACCGUGGUAGCCGUGAACAAAUCAACCGACUCCCUCGACGCAGCAGGAAACCCAUCCAGCGCAGGAAUCGCUACGGUCUUUAUGAUCUUUCUUAGCAACUCGAUUUACCAAUUUAGCUGGGGUCCUAUCCCCUGGCCGUACACAACCGAAAUUUUCCCCUCUCGCAUCCGUGAGAUCGGAUCCUCGGUCGCUGUUUCUUCACAGUGGCUCUUCAACUUUCUCUUCUCACUUACAACGCCUUACAUGAUCAGUGCAUGGGGCACAUACACUUUCCUCUUCUAUGCUGGCUUGGAUGUGAUCAUGGCUAUCUCGGUCUUCCUUUUCGUCAAGGAGACUCGAGGUAAGUCACUUGAGGAGAUGGAGAGCAUCUUUCACAGUGCUGCUGCCUUUGAUGUGGAAACUGCUCGGCAUGAGGGCCUGGCGAUUCAGGACGAGAACUUUAGUGCCCUUGAGGUGCAUGAGAACUUGAAGAGUCCAGACACUAAGAAGAGUCAUGACUCUUCGGAUUAA